CGAUUCCAGGACUUAAACUGAGAGGGUUUGGUUUUCUGUACUAUAUCGUCGCAACUUUAGAGUUAAGGCCGUGCAGUAAAGACGGGUAUGGCGACGACAGAAGAGAGUGUUAAGAAGAAGGAGGGAAACAAUCUAUUAGGGUCACCGACUUUCAAGGAGAUUGAAAACGGUCGGUUCAAAUGCGUAGAGACAGGUCAUGAAGUCCUCUCCAAAGACAUACCAUCUUACUCUAACAGCAAAAAGUGCCGUUUGGGUCUCAUCGAUUUCGCUUUGUCUAAUAAUAAAUCCCCUCUUAAUAUGUUUAAUCAAGACCCUCUCUCUCGGUCAAAAUUGAUAUGUAAGCUAACUGGAGAUAAAGUUAAUAAGUCUGAGGAACAUAUCUGGAAGCAUAUGACUGGGAAAAGAUUUCUCAAUAAAUUAGAGCAACAUGAAGAAGGGAAGUUGUCUGGUCAAGGAAUGGAAAUCGAUGAGAGCUUGCCGGAGCAGAAAAGUGGAGAUUGUGGAACAAAAGAAGAAAUGAAGAAGAAGAACAAAAUGAAGAACAAAAAGAAAAAGAAGAAGUCAAAGAAGAAGAAGGAUAAGGGAGUUGAAGAGGUUAUUUCUGAAGUUAGGAAUUCAAAUGAAGAAUGUGAGACAGAAGAGGAAGACUUCUGGAUGCCUCCUGCUGGAGAACGUUGGGACCACGAUGAUGGAGGUGAUCGGUGGGAUUCAGAUUCAGAGUCAGAACAGGAAGCUGAAGAGGGGGAUGUAAUUGAUUGUGCAGCUGAUGAGGAUUGCAAGGAGUCAGAAGAGUUAUCCUCAAGAACAAAAAGAAUGUCGAUAGAAGUUGGACCCAGCAGCUUUGCUUCUAGAAAGAAGAAAAGUAAGAAUGACCAUGAAACUUGAUAUUUGUUGGUGUAACUGAAAUUUAGUUAAAGACAAACUAGUGCAAGACAACUUUUGCAGCAAAUGAGUGAAUUAAGUUAUGUCAGAUUAGGUUUUUUGCAUUAUGAUACAAAGUGGGUUUGAUACAGCUAAUUUUUGUUUGAUUAUUGUGUUUCCAUGUAAGCAAUUCUUUCAUGAUUUCACCACAAUUGCUGUAUUAUUCCUUUACAUUAGUUAUAUGGGUAGCAAAAUUUUGUGGAGAUUGAAGAAACUUAUAACUUUGGAUGAGUUAACAGCAUUAGUAGCUAAAA